AUGAAAAUCAAGAUUGUCGGUGGUAAAAACAAUUUCUGGCUCUGGACGAAGAAAUAUGGCUUCGACCUUACCCACCCGCCAACUCCAGAUUCACCACCCAUUUACCCCCGAAUCACUCUCAACACGCGCACUGAGAAUGCUACCAUCGACCCUGCAAAGACAGCUCUCGUCGUCAUCGACAUGCAAAACUAUUUCCUGUCGCCUCUUCUAGGUCGUCCCCCCAAAAGCCCUGGUUUAGAGAUUGUGGACAAACUCGUCAAACAGGUCGUUCCCGUUUGUCGCAAGGCUGGCAUACCAGUUGUGUGGCUUGGCUGGGGCGUGAAGGACAACGACCUAGACGACAUGCCCCCGAGCAUCGCAAGAGGGUUCGACUUCCCUCUUGAUAAGAACUAUGUCAAACCCACAUUCCUGGGAAGCAUCGGCGCUGAGAUUGGACAAGUCAAGAGCGAGGACGGGACGCUCAUCGAUGCGGGCCGCGUCAUGAUGCGAGAUCAGUGGAACACCGAGUUCCAUCCCAGCCUGAAGAAAAUCGCAGAACCACAAGACAUUCACAUCAACAAAAAUCGACUGUCGGGAUUUUGGGGAGGGACUGGCAUCGAAGACGCACUACGCAAACGAGGCAUCAGAACUUUGCUAUUCGCUGGGGAGAACACGGAUCAGUGCGUCGCUGGGACUAUUCGAGACGCUUGCACAAAGGGCUGGGAUUGCCUGAUGUUGAGUGAUGCUUGUGCAACGACAAGUCCUGACUUUGCGAAGAAGUGCACUGAGUAUAACUGUGAAGGAGGCUGGGGAUUUGUGUUGAGCUGCCAGAACUUGGCCGACGGGGUGGAUGCUAUUGAUCGAGGAGCUUAG